CGCAUGCGCGCCGCGCUGCCCGCCCCUCGCCAGCAGCAGCAGCAGCAGCAGGAGGAGGAGGAGGCGGCGGUGGUGGUGGUGGUGAUUCUGGCUGUGGAGAGCGUGAGGCAGUGCGAGCGCCGCUGCCGCCCCUGUUAUCCGGGAGCCCCAGGUCCGGGUGGAGGAGGCGGGAGCGCCCCGGCGGCGGAGGGAGCCCGAGCGGUGGCAGCAGCAGCAGCAGCAGCAGGAGGAGUCUGUGCCCGGCCCCCCUCCGCUCAGUCCCGUUACAGCCCCCUCCCUCCGCGCUCCCCUCCGCAGCCACCAACAUGUCGGCGCCGGCGGCCAAAGUCAGUAAGAAGGAGCUGAACUCCAACCACGAUGGGGCCGACGAGACCUCAGAAAAAGAGCAACAGGAAGCAAUUGAACACAUUGAUGAAGUACAGAAUGAAAUAGACAGACUGAAUGAACAAGCCAGUGAGGAAAUUUUGAAAGUAGAACAGAAAUACAACAAACUCCGCCAACCAUUCUUCCAGAAGAGGUCAGAAUUGAUCGCCAAAAUCCCAAAUUUCUGGGUAACAACAUUUGUCAACCACCCACAAGUAUCUGCACUGCUGGGGGAGGAAGAUGAGGAGGCACUGCAUUAUUUGACCAGAGUUGAGGUGACAGAAUUCGAAGAUAUCAAAUCAGGUUACAGAAUAGAUUUUUAUUUUGAUGAGAAUCCAUACUUUGAAAAUAAAGUUCUCUCCAAAGAGUUUCACCUGAAUGAAAGCGGAGACCCAUCUUCAAAAUCAACUGAGAUCAAAUGGAAAUCUGGGAAGGAUUUGACAAAGCGUUCAAGCCAGACACAAAACAAAGCCAGUAGGAAGAGGCAGCAUGAAGAGCCAGAAAGUUUCUUUACUUGGUUCACCGACCACUCUGAUGCAGGGGCUGAUGAACUAGGAGAAGUCAUCAAGGAUGACAUCUGGCCAAAUCCAUUACAGUACUACUUGGUUCCUGAUAUGGAUGACGAAGAAGGGGAAGGAGAGGAGGACGAUGAUGAUGAUGAAGAGGAAGAAGGAUUGGAGGAUAUUGAUGAAGAAGGUGAUGAAGAUGAGGGGGAGGAAGAUGAAGAUGAUGAUGAGGGAGAGGAAGGAGAGGAGGAUGAAGGAGAAGAUGACUAAUUGAACACUGAUGGAUUCCACCCCUGCCCCCCUUUUUACCUUUUUAAUUUUUCUCCAGUCCCUGGGAGCAAGUUGCUGUCUUUUUUUUCUUGUGCUCAGUCGCCUUGUUCUCUUGAGGUCUCUUUUUCUCUCCUCUACACCAUGGUUCACAAUUUAUUUUGGGGGAAAUAUCUUGAGCAGAAUGCAGUGGAAAAGAAUCUACCAGUUUCUGUUUCAAGUUCCUUUUUAUCCCUUUCUGUCUCAAAACAAAAACUGUUAUGGAAUCAACACACCAUGUUCUGUGGGAAAAAAGAAAACCUUCUGCUCCCUUCACUCUGCUGGAAGCUGAAGAGUGCUAGGCCCCUGUGUAGUAGUGCAUAGAAUCUAGCUUUUUUCCUUCUUUCUCUGUAUAUUGGGCUCAGAGAUUACACUGUGUCUCUAUGUGAAUAUGGACAGUUAGCAUUUACCAACAUGUAUCUGUCUACUUUCUCUUGUUUAAAAAAAUUAAAAAAUAAAAAAAAAAUGGGGUUAUAGAAGGUCAGCGGGGGUGGGUUUCAGAUGUUUGGGUGGGUUAAGUGGGCAUUUUGACAACAUGGCUUCUUCUCCUUUGGCAUGUUUAAUUGUGAUGUUUAACAAACAUCCUUGCAGUUUAAGAUGACACUUUUAAAAUAAAAUCUUCUCCUAAUGAUGACUUUGAGCCCUGCCACUUGAUGGAGAAUCAGCAGAACCUGUAGGAUCUUAUUUGGAAUUGACAUUCUCUAUUGUAAUUUUGUUCUUGUUUAUUUUUAAAUUCUUUUUUUUUUUUUUUUUUUUUUUUUGUUUCACUGGAAAGGAAAGAAAGAUGCUCAGUUUUAAACGUUAAAGUGUACAAGUUGCUUUGUUACAAUAAAACUAAAUGUGUACACAAAGGGACUGGUUGGUCUUCACUGAAAAAACAGUUUUAAUAACCUAUUUUGAACUUGCUUAUAGUUUCUUACUUUUUGGCAUUUGGUCAGGAUUUGUGUAUUGCAAAGCAAUCUUGUGGUUGCAUGGACAGAUCAUCAGUUUAAUUGGUUUCCAUUAUUUUGCUAUUUGGAAAGUUUCAUUUAGUAGUUACUACUGCAUGUUCUGUCUCUCUUGAAUUGCCCAGCUCUUUAAGACAGGGCCAUGGAUGUAUAUGUCGUGUGUGAAUGUAGAUGUUGAUAUUCACAUUUUGCAACAAGAAAAAAUCACUUGAUUCUUUUUAGUAGCAAUGUGCCGUACUAUAUCUCCAGUAAAUGAGUAAAAAGAUCAUUCAAGCUGAAAAUAAAAAGACCAAAGGUUUGAGGUUCCCCAGUAAGAAGAGUCUUUUCAGCUGGAAAUAACUAAAUCUUAAAAGUGUAAGCUAAUUUGGGGGCUGUUUAAAAGACCAAGGUUUUUAGUGAAGCUCGAAUAAGUAUAAGGAAGUUGCUACUUUACUGCUUCAUUUCCUUGGUAGUGACCUGCCUUUAUGCUUUAUAGAUAAACUGUACUUUUUAAGAGAUUGCAUUUGAGUAACUUAAAACAAUUUCAGUUAGAAAUUGUGGUUCUAAUACUCCAAAAAGUGUAAUGAAACUUGUUUUACCAUGGUAUGCAUUUGAAAAUAUUUAAUUUGUUUUAUCAGCUAACCUCAAAUGGCUAGUUCUCUUUGGAUGUAUAGAAAAGACUGUCUUCUGGGAAGACUUGCUGUUACGUUCUGUGGUUCCUUCUUCCCAGAACUUGCUAUAGUCAAAUACAGCAUUUUUCUGGACACUUAAGAAUGCACUUUGCGAAACAAGAUUAAUCUCUAUUUGAUGCAUGCCCAAAUAACAUGGGAGAAAGAAGUGUUCUGUACGUGUCUGAUUCAGUUUGGAUACAAUCCAGUUGUUGGAGACAACACAAUGUCUGUAUGUGAUCAAUGCAAAAUGAGACAACCAUCUACUUUUUUCCAUCUCAGCAAACGCUUCUGCCCUUGAUCUUACUGUUCUCAAAGUAAAAUGCUAACUGGUAAUAGUUUCUUACUAUCUACAGAGAAAGAAUUAAAACUAUGAAGUUAUAAAUUUUAAA